CCUGUCCUGGUGUCCCUGCAGGAAAACACCCGGACCAUGAAGGCGGCCCUGGCGUUCCUCCUCCCGCUGGCGCUCGCGCUGGCGCCGGCGGCGAGCGGCCAGCGGCGCAAACCCCCCCGCAGACCCACCCGGCCGCCCGCGCCCUUCGAGGAGCCCGUGGAGCCCACGGAGCUGCCCCCUCCCCUCCCUCCGGGCCCGCCGUCUGUCUUCCCCGACUGCCCACGGGAAUGCUACUGCCCGCCGGACUUCCCGUCGGCGCUGUACUGCGACAGCCGCAACCUGCGCACGGUGCCGGUGAUCCCGCCGCGCAUCCAUUACCUGUACCUGCAGAACAACUUCAUCGCCGACCUGCCCGAGGAGUCCUUCCGCAACGCCACCGGCCUCAAAUGGGUCAACCUGGACAACAACCGCAUCCGCAAGGUGGACAGGAAGGUGCUGGAGAAGCUGGAAAACCUCAUCUUCCUCUACAUGGAGAGGAACCAGCUGAAGGAGGUGCCCGCAUUCCUGCCGCCCAACCUGGAGCAGCUGCGGCUCAGCAGGAAUCAGAUCUCCAAGAUCCCCGCCGGCGUCUUCAACAAGCUGGAGAACCUGGUGCUGCUGGACCUGCACCACAACAAGCUGAGCGACGGCGUCUUCAACAAGAACACCUUCAAGGGGCUCAAGAACCUCAUGCAGCUCAACCUGGCCCACAACAUCCUGAGGAAGAUGCCCCCCGGCGUGCCCAGCGCCAUCCACCAGCUCUUCCUGGACAGGAACAACAUUGAGGACAUCCCCAGCGAUUAUUUCAAGGAGUUCCCCAACCUGGCUUUCAUCCGGCUCAACUACAACCAGAUUUCGGAUAAGGGGCUGCCCAAAAAUUCCUUCAACCUCACCAACCUGCUGGUGCUGCACCUGGCCCACAACAAGCUCACCAACGUGCCCUUCAUCAGCUCCAAGCUGGAGCACCUCUACCUGAACAACAACUCCAUCGAGAAGAUCAACGGCACGCAGAUCUGCCCCACCUCGCUGGUGUCCAUCCAGGAUUUCUCUCCCUCCGACCUGGACAGCGUCCCGCGGCUCCGCUACCUGCGGCUGGACGGGAACCUCCUGAAGCCGCCCAUCCCUCUGGACCUGAUGCUGUGUUUCCGCCUGCUGCAGUCCGUGGUGUUUUAGCCCUUCCCCGCCUCUCCCAGGCCCGGCUUUGCUCGGACGUUUCACCCCCGGCGGGUUUGACACGUGGGACCCUCUCUCCUCCCUCUCUCCCCUGCUCGCCCCCCGCCUCCAUCCCUCUCCCCGUUCGUUCCCCCCUUUUCCUGCCCUGCAGGGACCCCCGUGGCUCCUUGGGGAGCGCUCUCUGCAGGACAGCGCCGUGUCCCAGCUGCCACCGCCGGUCACAACGCCCUGUCCUUGUCCCCCAGGCCCAGCCCGGAGCCGGCUCCGUCUCUCCCUUGGGGCCUCGCGGGGUUCGGGGGGGUUGGGGCCGGUCCGGAUGGAGCCGCUGGGCUCGGGCGUGUCUCUGCUCCUGGGGAACCAUUCCCGGGGGGUUUUGGAGCUGGAAUGGGCUGGGCUGGAGGUGAGAGUGGUGGGAUCAGUGGAAGUGGAGGGAGGAGGGACAAUCAGGCCAUCCCAAGGGGUGGGGACACUCCUGUCACCUUUGGCUCCAGGUUUCUCUGGAGGAGGAGGAUCUAAAUCCCUCCUGGAGCUGCGGAUCCGCGGGGAUGGAGCAGGGAGGGUGUCCUGCCCCUGGGAGGCCACACCUUCCCACACCCCUGGGCAGGAGCAGACCCCGCCCGGCUUCAAAUUCCCCAUCCCAGCACCGACCCGUGGGGCCACAGCCCCACCCAAAAUCCUGAAUCCUUCCCUGUAAAAUCUGGGAUCAAAGGCCACAUCCAUGGGGCCACAGCCCCAUCCCAAAAUCCUGCAUCAUUUCCUGUAAAAUCUGGAAUGCAGGGCCAUGCCCAUGGGGUCACAGCCCCAUGCCAGCAUUCUGAAUCCUUCCCUGUAAAAUCUGGGAUCAAGGGCCACAGCCCCAUCCCAAAAUCCUACACCUUUCCCUCUAAAAUCUGGGAUCAAAGGCCACAUCCAUGGGGCCACAGCCCCAUCCCAAAAUCCUGCAUCCUUCCCUGUAAAAUCUGAGGAUGCAGGGACACAUCUGUGGGGCCAGGGCCCCAUCCCAAAAUCCUGCACCCUUCCCUCUGAGAUCUGAGGAUUCAGGGCCACGUCCACGGCUCAGUUUCUCUCUGCAGCCAAUCACACAUGGCUGGGUUUUGCCUUUUUUUUAUUAGAAAUAAAAGGAAGGGAGAAGAAAAGGGAAGAAUCAUCCUUUGGAAGGGCUAUUUUUAUCCCUGCUCUUCCCCAUCCCCACAUGUAUCGCUUCCCCCUCCCAUAGCUGUACCUGCAUUUAUAGGGUGUCCGGGUUUAGGGGGGAUUAUUCUCUUCUUUUCUUCCUGAGUCUCAGGAUUUGGAUUUAAAGGCCGAGCAUUAGAGAGGAGAAAAAAAAAAAAAUCAAAAUCCAACUGCAAUGAGCAUUAAAUAAACCAAAGAAAGCUCCUUUGUGUCCAGCCAGCAGAACUGACCCUUCCCAGGACGGCCACGGACGGGCACCGUGUCCUUCUCCCUGCAGCUGGCACAGGGAUGCUCCCCUUUUCCCAUUAAUUAAAACCUCCUGCUCAUUAAGGAGGCUUUUCCCUGACGCUAAAAUCUGCUUUGCAGCUCUCCCUGCAGUUGGGUGGGACAGGUUUCAGCCCUAAACCCGGACGGAGCCCCCUGGAUUUAUAUAUAUUUAUAUCUGAUGUGUAUAUAGACUGGUAGAAUGUACAGAUAUUCCUAAAGCCACGUGUUCCUCCCGACCCGGCGACUUUAUGGGGUUUUCACUCCCACUCUCUGCAGCAGUGGAAAUAAAAUCAUUCACAAGGGA